UUCUUACUUUUGAGAUUGCAUGAGUUGAUUUCAAAGAUUCAUUCAUCACUGCGGGUGGCGGUACCGAGCUGCAGGCGAAUCUGUUCCUCGAUCUGUUUACAGGAGAAGAAAUACACAGUGUGUGUCGGUGUCAACAAAAACAAAGCGGCGCUAUGAACGAACAGAAAUGGAUACAGACGUUAACUCGAUUUCAGGCUCAGUGUCGUGGUUAUGCGAUGAGGAAAGGUCUGAGUUUGGGUCGGACUCAGUUUGAAGAGAUAGUGCGAGAGAUUGAUGGAGGAUUGGAUCACCUGCAGUGGAGAGGAAACAUCAUUCCCAGACCUCACUUCACUGACACUGAAAGCCUAUUGCUGCAGUAUGAACGUUCCAGGUUUCAAUCCCAUGACCUUCUGGAUGAUUCCGAGAUGGAACGGAAGACAGAGAAUGAGGGCAGUGAGAAAUCUCUCCCACAGUCUGAAAUCCAGGUACCGGAGAAAGACGAAGCUACUGAAACAGCUAGCAGAGACACUUCCACAUCUGUGGAUGGUAUUGUGGACAAGAGAGGAGAGAAUGUGGUCAUACAAAACCUGAUGGAUGAUUCUACUGCACUUUGCAGUAUCGUGAAUUCAGAUGUCAGCCUCAGCAACUUAUUGCAGACAGGACCAAAUUUGCAUUCAGUUUUUGAAGAGACGGUACAUACUCCUGACUCUCUGAAGCAGCAGCGGAGCACUUUAGCCAUGGAGUUGCUGUGGAUCCAACAAGCCAUCAGUAGCAGAAAGAAAUAUCUUACCCUCAAACAGAGAAUGGAUGUGCCACACUGAUACUGGAGCAGUUCUGAAGCUGUAUUAUUAUUAUUAUUAUUAUUAUGUGUUAGUCUAUCAUUUACGGCACAGAAUGUUUGAGAAUUGUAAAUUAUAUUUAUUUAUAAGCUUAUGUAGUCCAUACACAGGUUUGUGUUAAAGAAGAUUUUUAUUUUUGUACAAAUGGCAUUUCAGAAAUAAAUAUAUGCACAUACACAUUAAUUUUUCUGUAUCACAAAAAACCAUACUGUUCGAUCCUGGAUGGACCACAAAGACUCCCACAACUUAAUCUUACAGUUCAGUCAAUGUAGUAACAUAUCAAUUUAUUACUGACAUUAUAUUUGAACUGUAUAACCGCAUGAGAACGGACCUCUUGGUGUUGCCUGGUUUCUUUCAAGGUUUUUUCCUCCAUUUUCCAAAUUCAAUGUUUUUCUUGGCUUGCUAGAGCUGCAUUUGGCUUGCACACCAGGGUACUGAAUAUUAUAUAGAUUACUACGAACAAUGUGUUAUGUAUAAGUAGUAUUAUGCCAUGUCUUCCAAUUAACCCCUUAGUUUAGCUACAAUUUAUGGGUGGGUGAUAUAAUCAGUAUUUUAACCCUAUCUUUAAUAUGCACAAUUCAUAGUUUAUAUCGUCGCAUAAUACGCUAUAUUAUUGCCUAGCUAUAUAUUUAAAGAUGGAUAUGACCUAGUACAUUUACUUUACAUGUACACAAACAGUAUACGCACAUAAAGCGAUAAACUAUACAGCAAAUUUCGGCUGGGUGAUUGUUUAUAUCGUCCAUAAAUGUAAACUGUUAUUGCACUGCUCGAUAUACGAAGUUGGAUGUAUACAGUAAUCCAACUUUAUCCACAUGCAUAGGCUGCUGUACAUUCACGAAGCGAUAUGCAGUAUAUAGCAAAUUCUAAGUGUUUGAUUGUUCAUAUCAGCAUAGGCCUAAACUGUUAUCACCCAGCUCGAAUCCGCCAAAUCCGACUAUAGAUAUUAUAAACAUGUAUGUUAGCCUGCUUUGCUUUCAGUUGUGAAGAGCUAUACAAAUAAAAUUAAUUAAACUUGACAACAUACAAUCCACAAAAUGAUAUUAUAAUUGAAUUUAACAAACUUGACCCGUUUAAUCCCAAAUU